AUGGAAGUCAACGGAACGAACGGCUCUGCUGCUCAUAGUUUCGUCGUCUUCGGAGCGUCGGGCGAUCUUGCGAGAAGAAAGAUUUAUCCCGCCCUAUGGGCUCUCUAUCGCGACGAUCUCCUCCCAGAGCGGACGAGAAUUGUGGGCUAUGCCCGGUCGUCGUUGACGAUGAAGCAGCUGGCGGAGAAAGUCCGACCGUACGUGAAGUUGGGCGAACAGGACGAAGCGAAGUUUGAGAGGUUUCUCGCCGCGAACACUUAUCUCCCCGGUUCAUACGAUCAAGCAACGGACUUCAUCAAUCUCAAUGAACAUCUGAAGAGCUUGGAAGCGAACGCUCCCUCUGUGAAUAGGCUCUUUUACUUGGCGCUUCCGCCCUCAGUUUUCCAGCCAGUGUCCACAUUGCUGAAACAGCAGUGCAUGAGCCCAUGCGGCUGGAAUCGUGUAAUCAUCGAGAAACCUUUCGGACGGGACUUGGAGUCGUCCGAUGCCUUGUCAAGACACCUUGCUUCGCAUUUCAAAGAAGAUCAGAUAUACAGGAUUGAUCACUACCUCGGCAAGGAAAUGGUGCAGAACCUUAUCACGCUCCGCUUCGCCAACAGGAUUUUCAGUCCGACGUGGAAUAGAGACAACAUCGCGAGCGUUGUCAUCUCUUUCAAAGAGGACAUCGGGACCCUGGGGCGAGGUGGAUAUUUCGAUGAUUCCGGUAUCAUACGCGACGUCAUGCAGAAUCAUCUGUGUCAAAUGUUAUCGAUCGUCGCAAUGGAGAAACCUGCGUCGAAUCGAGCGGACGAUAUUCGGGACGAAAAAGUCAAGGUGCUCAAGUGUAUCUCGCCCAUCCUCAUGGAGAACUUAGUACUGGGUCAAUACGUCGGCGAUCCGAAAGGGCUCGGUGAAAAGAGUCAAGGCUACCUCGACGAUCCGACAGUACCACGAGGCUCUUCGACUCCUACGUUUGCCACGGCUGUUUGUUACAUCAACAAUGAGCGUUGGGACGGCGUCCCCUUCAUACUUCGUUGCGGAAAAGCUCUGGAUGAACGUAAGGCUGAAGUGCGCAUCCAGUACCGGGAUGUGCCCGGUGACAUUUUCGCCGGUCAAGCCAAACGGAACGAGCUCGUGAUGCGAGUACAGCCCGGCGAGGCCGUAUACGUCAAGUUCAUGAACAAAUCCCCUGGGAUGUCUUUCGAGAUGGAGGAAACGGAGCUGGACCUCUCCUACAACAAUCGUUACAAGGGGAAGGUUUCGCCGGACGCUUACGAGCGCCUCCUGUUGGACGUUUUCCUUGGGAAUCAGACGAGUUUCGUACGCAGCGAGGAGCUAGCCGAAGCCUGGCGCAUAUUCACCCCUAUACUGCACAUCAUCGAACGGGGUCAGACGAAGCCCAUCCCAUAUGUUUUCGGCAGUCGCGGUCCCCGAGAAUCCGACCUCCUGAUGAGUUCGAAAGGCUUCAACUACUACGGGACUUAUCGUUGGAACCAGGGCACUGAUGUUUGA